GAAUGAGUGAGAGGAGAGGGUUCAGACGCUUUUUGACUUGUUCCAGACUGUGCUGCUCAAUGCUCAUCAUCCCAUGACAGUUCAGUUCCACACCAAAACCAGCACAAAAAGGCAGCAGCCAGCCAGCAACCUCCUCUCCUGAACUCAAAAACCGCCACCCCACUUUCCCCACUCCUCUCUUCUUCCUCAAUCCCCCUCCAUUAUAUAUAACAUCAGUUAAAUUACUCCGAAAACACACACAACACACACGUUCUUGCUGCUGAGAGGGAAAAAAGAAAUACUAUGGCUGAGCAAUGUGAAAAGAAAAUGCCUGAGGAGCAGACAGUAGGGGGAGCUGAAGGAUUCUUGGUUGUUAGUGAUGUUCCUGAGGCUGAAGAAACCACCUGCGUAGAGAAAGAUGGAAAUGAGUCGCUUGUGGUGCCAGAACCUGAGUUCAUGCCUGUGGAUGUCAGUUCUAGUUCUUCUGAUGGCCAUGAGACUCAGAAAAUUGAAGAUAAAGCCUCUCUGUCUCAGGAAGAGGGCACCAGGUUCGCUGAUCUUUCAGAAAAUGAGAAGAAAGCCCUGCAAGAGCUGAAGCAACUCGUCCGAGAGGCUCUCAACAGGCACGAAUUUGGCAGUUCUGCUUCUGUAGAGGGAAAAAUGCCUGUGGCGAAAGGAGAAGAGAAGAAGGCACCGGAAGAACCUGGAAAGGUGGAUCCUGAAACUGAGAAGGACGACUCGAUUCCAGUGAAAACAAUUGCAAAGACUUUACUGGAGGACGAUGGUGCGAAAACCCUGGAAGCCAUCGAAGAAACCAUUGUUGCUUGCGUCCACUCAAAUCCCACAGAAGAAAAGCCUCAGGAGAAAGCUGAAGUGGGUUCAAAAUCGCCUCAGGAAGUAUUCAUCUGGGAUGUAAAACUGCUGGAAGAUGAGAGGAGUGAUGUGAUCCUGUUGAAGUUCUUGCGGGCCCGUGAUUUCAAGGUGAAGGACGCGUUUACCAUGAUCAAGAACACUAUAAAGUGGAGAAAAGAAUUUGGUAUCGAUGAUCUUGUUGAACAAGACAAAGAAGGCCAUCCCGUUUGCUACAAUGUCUACGGCGAGUUCCAAAACAAAGAGCUUUAUCAUAAAAUGUUUUCUGAUGAAGAAAAAAGGCAGAAAUUCCUAAGGUGGAGAAUCCAGUUUCUUGAGAAGAGCAUCAGGAAACUGGAUUUUCGCCCUGGUGGGAUUUCCACCAUUGUUCAGGUCAAUGACCUCAAGAAUUCUCCAGGGCCUAAUAGAUGGGAGCUAAGGCAAGCAACUAACCAGGCCCUUCAAUUGCUUCAAGAUAAUUAUCCUGAAUUUGUUGCAAAACAGGUGUUCAUCAAUGUACCAUGGUGGUACCUGGCCCUGAGCAAAAUGAUCAACCCUUUUCUGACUCAGAGGACCAAAAGCAAGUUUGUUGUUUCUGGUCCUUCCAGAUCCACAGAGACCCUUUUCAAAUACAUAUCUGCUGAGCAAAUCCCAACACAGUAUGGUGGACUAAGCAAAGAUGGGGAUUUCGGGUUAGCUGACAGUGUUACUGAAAUUAUCAUCAAACCUUCAGCCAAGCACAUUGUGGAAUUUCCUGUCCCUCAGGCGUGCGAUGUGAGCUGGGAGGCAAGAGUGGUGGGAUGGGAAGUUGGGUAUGGUGCUGAAUUCGUUCCGAGCGCGGCAGACGGGUACACGAUAAUAAUACAGAAAAUGAGGAGAAUUGGGACAAGUGAAGAGCAAGUGAUCUGUAGCAGCUACAAAGUUGGUGAGCCUGGAAAAAUGGUUCUUGCCAUAAACAAUCUGAGUUCAAAGAAGAAGAAGUUGCUGUAUAGGUUCAAAACAAAGAGUUCUGGUAACUAAAAUCAGGGAAGAAUUUGAUGGAGUGAGGAGCUACGUCAACUACCUUUCCUUUCUUGUUUGUUUUCACCUGAAUUUGCACUUUCACUAGUAAAUGUGUGUGUGUGUUUUUUGAAGGGUUCUAUUGUUUUUGUUUUUGAUCUAUAAAUAUGAUGUUUAAAUAAAUU